AUGGUAUUAUUGUGUUUGAGACGUCGAAGUAAAGCCAAAUACAUCUUCAUGUUGGUAACUACCCUUUUUCUUUUUCAUAUAACGGAGAAGCUGUAUAAGCAUAAUGAUGUACAGCCGAAAAAUUCUGAACCGUCCGAAUAUGUUAGAACACUGUAUAUAAGACAUGACGUUAAAACAACAUCGGCAACAACGUUACCUCCAACAUAUAAAGUCCUUCCCUUUAGAGAAUUUCGGUAUCCUCUGGACAUCAACUUUACAGAACUUAUUAACAAUAUCAGCUCGAAAGGUUACACUGAUAUUGCUCCAAUUAAUGUGUAUCCGUUUACAUUUGCAGAACCUACGGAACGUAUCUGUGGGUCGGUAGAUCAGAUAUUCCUAUUGCUCAUGAUCAAAUCCGCACCAGGGAAUUUCGAUCAGAGACAAGCUGUCCGGGAAACCUGGGCGAAUAAAUCGCAUUUUGAAAAUUAUAAUAUCCGACACACCUUUUUACUUGCUAGGACAAUGAAUAAGAGCAUACAAGAACGUCUGUCACUGGAGAAGAAGAUGAAUCACGAUAUAUUGGAAUUCAGUUACAUUGAUGGCUAUUAUAACAACACAUUUAAAUCUACGGGGGGCAUCAAUUGGUGCGUUAAACAUUGUCCUCAAACUAAAUUUGUAAUGUUGUUGGAUGAUGACAUGUACCUUGCGACUGACUUCCUAUUAGACUAUUUGCAUGGGUUACCACAGGAUCUAUCCCACUCUCUCUUUGCCGGUCGCAUGUGGCAUGAUGCUCCUCAGAGAGGUCCAGAGCAGAAAUGGUAUAUGUCUUUUAAAGAUUACCCAUUCGACAGGUAUCCGCCAUUUCUCAGUGCCGGAGCUACUAUCAUGUCCAUGGAUAUAGUUAAGAAACUUCAGAUCGGAAUUCAGUACACAAAGAAAUUUAAGUUUGAUGAUGUGUUUUUAGCAAUUGUUGCUUAUAAACUCGGUAUAAAGCCCGUGCACCACCCAGGUAUAAGAAUACUGAAGCGUGUCCCGCACAAAGACAAGUCGUUCCAAACGAUUUUAGCCUCCCACGAGUAUGGAAAUCCAAAGGAUUUAAAGGCAGCUUGGCUUACACAUUUACAACUUAACAAAACUGAUGGUAUGUUGAAGCCAUGA